UUCUGGACUGAGAGGCAUGAGCGACGCGCACAACAGAACAUCAAUUGUUCUCCCCAUCGUCCCUGCCAUCCCCGUGUUCAUGUUCGUAGUCGGUGUCGUAGGGAACAUUACCGCAAUAGCUGUGCUAUCUAAAUCUAAGCGAGAGCGCAAAGAGUCCGCCUUCUAUACCCUGGUGUGCGGCUUGGCAGUUACGGAUUUGCUUGGUACUUGUCUUGCCAGCCCAAUUACCAUAGCCACCUACAUGGACAACAAGUGGCCAGGAACUCUGUGCGAAUUCCAUUCUUUUCUUCUCCUAUUUUUUGGAGUGGCGGGUUUGAGCAUCAUCUGCGCGAUGUCUGCUGAGCGCUACCUCGCCAUAAGCCAUCCAUACUCUUACAAAAGAUGGUCCAUUGACCAGCACGUCGCGCGCUGGUCCUUAUUUGCAAUUUACGCUGGGAACGUUCUGUUUUGUUGUCUCCCUCUGAUGGGGUUUAGCGAAAGCGUACACCAACCGCCGGACACUUGGUGUUUCAUCGACUGGCGGUCAGAGAAACCGCUACACGUCUUCUAUUCUUUCUUGUACGCUGGCGUUAGUUCACUCCUUAUGUUAGUGACAGUGGCUUGCAAUGUCGCUCUGUGUUGGACGCUGCUGGUGAUGCGCCGCAGAAGUAGAAGCCGACUUGUCCCAAGACCAAGUAUUAAGGACCAUUGGAGAGCGCUUUCUUCGGGUGUGGAGAUCCAGAUGAUGAUACUGCUCGUCGUCACUUCUUUGGUGGUUUUGGUUUGUUCAACCCCGCUUGUGGUCCGCGUAUUCAUCAAUCAGAUAACGCUGGUAUGGGAUGGGGACGCAGACCUGCAGGCUAUUCGCCUUGCUUCCAUCAACCCCAUUCUUGACCCUUGGGUGUACAUCCUUAUUAGACGAAGCGUCUUCCAUAAACUUCUAGGCCUCUGGCGGUGGAAUUUGCGAGGGCGCAAAAAUUCGGUCUUGCCCGACAGACCACAACCGACAGUACAGUAUCUGUUGGAGAAAAGCUACGCUUCCGUGUUCAUUCGACCCACUGAACUUCUGGGCUGUACUGAUCUCGAAAACACAUCUUCUACGACCGAUGCUGUCUUUUACAUUGAGGAAACGGAACGAGCUAAGUGA